GACAUGUGGGCGCGCGCGCUCGCGGCGCGUCAGGCCAGUGGUGCGCCCUCGCCGCGGAGGCGUUCUGUUGGGAACUUCGUGCGAGCGAGCGAGUCAACGCGGCGCGCCGGGGGGAGGACGCCGCCACCCUGCACUUGCCCGGAUCCAGUGCUUCGCUUCUCAGCGCCUCGCAGGAGAUUUGGAUUUAGUUUUUUGUUGUUGUUGUUGUUGUUGUCUGUUGUUGUUGUUGAGGGGGUUCAAGCCGUGGCGCGCCGGGGAUGGAUGUUGGCGCUUUUACGCGGCUCUUUCCUCGUUGGAAUUAACGCGGCGGGCGAGACAUGAAAGUGACGGUGUGUUUCGGGAAGACCCGAGUGGUCGUCCCGUGCGGAGAUGGGAAUGUGAAGGUGCAGAGCCUUAUCGAACAAGCUGCCAUGAGGUACAAGAAGGCGAUUGCAAAGGGCGUCAGCUACUGGGUCCAGGUCCACAGGCUGGAACAUGGAGACGGGGGCAUCUUGGACCUGGAUGACAUGCUGUGUGAUGUGGUGGAUGACAAAGACAGGCUCGUGGCUGUGUAUGAAGAACAGGAUCCUCACAAUGGAGGUGACGGCACCAGCGCCAGCUCUACAGGUACACAGAGUCCCGAAACCUUCCCCAGUGAGAUGAGUUCGGCGUCUGCCUUCCAGCCCUACCAGACCAGCGGUGAGAUCGAGGUCACUCAAUCCGCCAUGCGAUCCAACAUGCCUCUCCACGUCCGUCCCAGCAGUGAUCCCUCCCUGGCCGGCGAAGUCCCAGUUGGUCCAGAGGAGCCGUCCAGAAAGAAUCCAACUCGCUGGUCCACAACCGCUGGCUUCCAAAAGUACAACCACAGACCAAACACAAGCACAGGAACCGGCAGUCUGGAACGAAAGGGCAGAGGAGCCCAUGCCUACCGGAGUCUUCCACGGGACGCGAGCGGCUGGACCACUCAGUUUCAGCGAGAGAUGACUCGAUCCUCCCUGAGUGCCAACCAUCCAAUGGUGGACCAGUGGCUCGACAGGCAGGAGCAGGAGGAGGAGGAGGAGGAAGAAGAGCAAAGGAGACAAGAGAGGAGGAUUGAGCGGAUAGAGCCAGUAGGGCGGGCUGACUCCUCGUUGGAGAGGUCAAUGGUGUUAAGUCUAGAAGGCAUGCUCAGGCCGGUCGAGGUGUCCAAUGGAGGAGGGCCCCUGGGGAUCCACGUAGUGCCUUUCAGUUCGCUGGAUGUCAGGACUCAGGGUUUGCUCGUGAAACGCCUGGAGCAGGGGGGCAAAGCUGAGCAGGAGCGUCUCUUCCAGGAGAACGACUGCAUAGUCAAGAUAAACCAGGGAGACAUCCGCAACCUGCGCUUCGAACAAGCCCAGAACAUUUUCAGGCAGGCGAUGCGUUCUCCGGCCAUCCUCUUCCACGUGGUCCCCGCAGCCCUGAAGCGGCAGUACGAGCUGCUGUCCGCCCAGAGCGAACUCAGUCCGUCCAACAGAGUCUACUUUAGCCAAGCCACUCAGAAACCAGGCGACAGGGCGAGUCUCGUCGGGAGGCCAGCGUCCAGGCCUGGACCACAACCCGGUCUCAACCACCACCACCAGGGCCCGCUGGCUGGAAGCACCCCAGAGCCGAUCCGACGGUACACCACGCUACCCCACACGUUGGUCUCCAGGACCUCGUCGGCCCCCUCCCCCUCCCUGCAGCGCAGGAUAAGCACCAACAUCUCCAACAGCUCCUACCUGAAGAACAAAGGCCGCAUAUUCAACAUCCAGCUGAAGAAAGGUCCAGAGGGUCUGGGCUUCAGCAUCACAUCCAGAGAUGUCCCCAUUGGUGGCAGUGCUCCCAUUUAUGUCAAAAACAUCCUUCCGCGAGGGGCUGCCAUCCAAGAUGGCCGACUGAAAGCUGGAGAUCGGCUGCUGGAGGUUAAUGGAGUGGACCUUAAUGGAAAGACCCAGGAAGAGGUGGUGGCCCUGCUACGAGCCACACCCAUGGGUGGGCCUGUGAACCUGUUGGUGACCCGCCAGGAGGACUCCCAGCUGCCCCGAGAAGUGCAGCAAGAGGAAGAUGAAAUGGUGUUAACCCCGGAUGGUUCCAGGGAGUUCAUGACCUUUGAGAUCCCCCUGAGCGACUCGGGCUCUGCAGGCCUGGGUGUCAGCGUCAAGGGGAAUCGGUCCAAGGAGAACCAUGCCGACCUGGGCAUCUUUGUGAAAUCCAUUAUAAACGGAGGGGCUGCAAGCAAGGAUGGGCGUCUACAUGUCAAUGACCAACUCAUCGCGGUGAAUGGCGAGUCGCUGCUCGCGAAGACCAACCAGGAGGCCAUGGAAACGCUGCGGAAAUCCAUGUCUGUGGAAGGCAACAAGCGAGGGAUGAUCCAGCUCAUCGUGGCUCGCCACCUGGCCACAAACAAUGAGGAAGAUUCUGGCAGCCAUCGAGUUCUAGAGCACUCCAUGGACUCUCUGCUGGACAACCACGAGCGACGGAUCUCCCACUCUCUGUACGAGACCAUCGAGGACUUGGACAACGGCUCGACGCCACGGGUCAACGUGAUCGGACGAAUCGGUAACUACCAGCUCUCUCCAACUGUGAACAUGCCACAGGACGACAUAGUGAUGAUCGAAGACGAUAGGCCGCCCCUGCUGCCUGCCCACCUUUCAGACCAAUCGUCCUCCAGUUCCCACGAUGAUAUGGGCUUUGUCGGAGAGAACCCAGUGCCCUGGAUCCACGAGCUGCCCGGUUCCAACGAGUGCACGCUCAGUCCUGACGCAGACCCGGAUGGCUCGUUCCAGAGGGAAGGCUUUGGCCGGCAGAGUAUGUCAGAGAAACGCACCAAGCAAUAUGAAAAUGCUGCCAACCUGGAGAUCGUCAAGACCCGCAAGUCGAAGAGCAUGGAUCUAGUAGCAGAUGAGAUUAACGGCGGCACAAGAACCAGCGGAGGCACCGCAGAACAAGAGGUCGGGCCCUCGCUGGGCCUGAAAAAGUCCAGCUCCCUCGAAAGUCUCCAGACGGCCGUUGCUGAGGCGGCGCUGAAAAGUGAGAUCAACGUCAACCGGCCACGCUCGCGGAUCGCCCGGGGCCGCGGCUGCAACGAGAGCUUCCGAGCUGCAAUCGACAAAUCGUAUGAGAAUCCUGGCGCCGCGACGACAGAAGAGGAGAACAGCAUGGAGACGUUGGACGAGGACACGGAGGGAAGUUCCCGAUCGGGUCGUGAGUCGAUGUCCACCAGCGGUGACCUCAUUGUGGGUUCCGGGCUGAACGGCAACCUCUCCAAAGAGGACAGACGCAAAGAUUGGGACAAGGUUGGGGGGAAGGAAAAGAAACCAGAAAGGGACAAAGAGGAGAAAGACAAGGACAAGAUCAAACCCAAGAAAGGCAUGCUGAAGGGCCUGGGCGAGAUGUUCAGGCUUGUAAAGCACCGGAGGGAUGAGCGGCCAGGGGAGAGGAUGGAGAGGAGGAGCUCCAGUAAAUCUAAAGCCGAGGACAUGCAGGCGUCAGAGGAGGAGACCCUGCGGAUGAGACUGGAACAAGAGAGAAUACAGGCCAAGACUCGGGAACUUCGGGAGAGGCAGGCAAAGGAGAGGGAAUAUGCUGAGAUCCAAGAUGUUGUCGGCCACACCUUUAGCUCAGAUGAAGAGCACACGUACGCUGGCAUCGGAUCGUUGGACUCGUCGGUAGAUAGCAGCAACGUGGACCAUUACAAUCAAAUCUACCAUCUCCCUCAAAGUGGCCAGAGCCCUCACCUUCCCUCGAGCCUUCAGGACAACGGUCCACCCCUGGAAGCUCUGUAUGCCCAGGUCAACAAACCUCGCAAUGGACGCCCUGCAUCUUCUGACAGCAGUCAGAUGGCUCCCAGUAACCACGACCGGAUACAAAGGCUGCGGCACGAGUUCCAGCAGGCCAAACAGGAGGAUGACGUUGACGACCAUCGGCACACUUACAGUUUUGACCAGUCUUGGGCGAGCAACGGGACCGAGGCGCAGAGCGGCCGUCAUUCUGUGACCGUGGAGACUCAGGCUCAGAAAGAGCAGCAAGAGGACGGAGAUGGUUUGCAACAAGCGCAGAGACAGUACAGCUCCCUGCCGCGGCCGCCUCGUAAGAACCCCAGCACAGCGUCCCAGGAGUCGUGGGACAAGUUCCAGACCACCAAGGAGAACCCCCGCUACUCUGCCGUCCAGGGAUCGCACAACGGCUACCUGGGAACGUCCAGCUUCAACGCCCGCGUCCUCCUGGAGACUCAGGAGUUGCUGAGGCAGGAGCAGCGACGCAGAGAGCAGGAGGCCAGCAAGGCCCGGCCGCCUCCCUCACAAGAAACCCCCAGCGGCAGCGCCUACGACCACACUCAGGCCCCCGGCUCGGCCCGAGUGCAGUCCCCACCCCAAUCCAAGGGCCCCUACAGACAGGACGUGCCCCCGUCUCCAUCUCAGCUCGCCAAGCUCGGCAGGCUUCAUGGCUCGGAGAAAGGGAGGCCCUUUUACUCCUGAGUAGUAGUUUUGGGAGAUUGAGGGAGUAUUAACCGAGAAAAACACAAAGAGGGCAAUAAGUCUUUUUUUUAUAUAUAUAAAAUUCUGAGACUUUUUUGGGAUUGUUGAUAUAAAAUGUUAAUAUUUAAAACAAGAUGGUUUUUUUAUUCUAAGAAUCAUGAUCCUUUUUAGCUGUAUGAAAAUGGAAUUAUUUGAGUCUUUUUUUUAAACUCGUCCACCAAGAUCAUCUGUGUGUGUAAGUGCCUUGAUGGAUCACCAUCAAUGGUGAACUCAGUGAGCUCAUGAUCAGCGGCGUUGACGCGUCCGUGCAACACGUUCGGUAAAGCAAAACAUAACAGCGCGGGGCCCGUCGGGACAUCACCACGUCUGACAGCUCAACAUCAUUACUCCGAGCACAGGACACAGUCCGGCCAUGUGUUCUCGUGCUUCUGUGAAUCGGGCUCAUUUUUUCGCCGGUCACGGGGACUGAGUCAGGCACCACUGUACAUGUGUGUGUGGGUGUAAGCGCUGGCAGCAGCUGGCAUGUAGUGACACAGUGUGGAGGCCGGGCCGCUUGUGUGAACCGCCGACCCGGAGCUUGGGCUUUUGGCCAUGACUGCUCAACCGCCCCCCCGCCCCCCCGUUCAGAGAAAUGUCCCAUUUGGUUUCCCGAAAACAACACAACCCUGAGUCGGUGUCCGCCUUGCAACCCCCUCGUGUGUUUAAUAUGAUAAUCCUCAAUUCGCUCUUCCUCUCUGCUCGCCGCUUUAUCUCUGCGUUCUCUCAUCACAUUGUCACCAGACGGGAAUCUCAGCGGAGGGAAAACGGCUUCAGAUCUCUGCCGCACCCACCCGGGGAAUCCGACAGUAUAAACGGGGUCAGGUCUGGGUUAUUAGUUAACGUACCUCAUUAAAAAAUGAAUGCGUCCCUUUGUGUUUGUCUGUCUGUUUUGUUUGUUGUCAAGCGUGGCGGGGAGUGAGAAGCGGCGACCUCGCUGGCACGCCGCUGGCCCCUGCCUGACUUGGAAUGAUUUGGCUGUGACGGCAGCCCGUCGGACCCGAGGUGUCUGAGCCGUUCCUCGCUGAAUAUUUCCUCAGGGUGGUAACGUGGGGAAAAACCUCAUGGGCUCUGCGGUGGGUGGCCUCAGCGCCGAGCUGCCUAUCCAUAGGCCCGAUACAAUGGAGCUGAUUUUGUUUUCCGUGCGUGAUUAUGUCCAUUGAUAGCGAACCACUUGGGAGCUUUUUCAGCGUUCAAUCAAUAGCGAGCGGUGCAGUUUUCAAAGUGUGUGUGUGUGUGUGUGUGUGUGUGUGUGUGUGUGUGUGUGUUGCGCGUGCUUGUAUUUCUAUCCCUGUAAGAAUUUGAGCUAAAGUUCUCAGAGUGGCGACACUUUUUGCAUUCGGAGAGACAUUUUCCUUGAAAGACAAAUGUGAUGGUAAAUUUGUUUUUUGUUAAAAUUGUGCAUUUUAUUUGUUUGAUAAUCGAUAGGAGGAAGUUAGGAAAUCACCCUGGCUUCUUUUUUACUCAAUCUGAGUUUUGGUGCCGUUCUAUGCAUCAGUACGUUCACACGCACUCAAAUUAGUACACAGGUAAAUGGAGAAUACUGUUACUGUAGUAACCAGGUUACGAUACUGUAAAACCAUGUGUACUUACCACAGAUCAGUCCUUCUUCUCCUCACCAACCGUACUUGUGUUCACUGUCGUAGUAACACUCCAGGCUGCCUCUUGAAUCAUUCGUUGUUUUUUCGCAAAUCGUAAAUUGUUUCAAACCAAAUUAUUAUUUUCCUUGGGCUCAGGAUUAAAACCAUGAUUUGGAAGAAAAAAAGAACAUAAAUAAUAUACAGACAUUCUGUGCCAGAGAGUCUGUGGCCCUCAAGUGCGGGAAAAAUUGAGCUUGUGUUUGUGCUUCCUCACACUUACAAGGAUUAAAAACAGCACCAGUAUGUUUGUUCUGCUACCAAUUUUCCAGUGUGUUUGUGUGUGUGUGUGUGUGUGUGUUAGUGUAGGUGGACAUGUGUUUAAGUGUCUGUGAACGCUGCCAGUAACUGGAUGCUCCAAUAUGUCUAUGAAUAUGUCUUGGCAGCCAUAUGAACCACUUGGCUGCCGAGUGGGAGAAGAGCAGAGGAGUGGGAGGGAGAGAAGACGGGAGGCCUGACCUUGCAGAUGAUUCAGUCAAUGGAGUAAUCACGACUAUUCCUCUGAGUCUGCAGCACAAACAGGAGGUUACCGACCAGGCUGCGCUUCCACCGCCACCUUCUCCUCUCCUCUGCUUCAUUUAUGUUUCUCAUCUUUCCGUCGUUUUCUUCCCGUUUGUGUGGAUGAAAGCGGCUGCGUGUGUGAGUCUAAGUGUUUUGACUGACGUCACCGUGUUGCGUACGUCUCAUCGUGAGCUGGGUGGGGAGGGGGUUCAAGUGGCGGCAAUAUCUAACGAGUUUUUUCUCCUCGUGCAAAUUUGAUAUUAUCCCAUUGUAUAUGUUUAUUAUUUGUGCUGUGUAAUUAAUGUUCAUGUGCCACCUCUGUGACACAUGGAUUCCUCCCAUAAAGCUAUUGUUUCAGGGAGAUUUUGUUUGUUUUUUUAAUUCUUGGGAGAAAUGAGAAGUAUUGUUAUUGCUUCUUUGUAUCUUUAUGACCAUCCCUCAUUGUGUUUUAAUAUCCACAAUAUGGUAUUAUGGUGGUGAAAGAUGACUAAUAUGUAAGCAUAGUGCAAUUUUCAUUGUUACAACAAUGCAUCAUUAAGACCCGUGUCUGCUGUUCUCUGUACAUACGAUAUAAACUUUUUUCAAUGAAUAAAUUGUGGUUAGUUUCAA